GCAUACCCAAUGAGCGCACUUGAGCACCUCCCCAAAAUCUUCUGAUUACAAGCUCUGGAUGUUUACAAAUGACGCGCGCGCAUAAAGCCGACAGAUGAGCAGAGCCGCUUCAGUAUACAGGUACUAGAAAGGAAUGGAUCACACACCGGCGGAUUUCACUCUUGGUGGACGCGCAAAGGCAACAUUUUAGUGCAACCGCAUCCUGGAAUAUUUUCGCAUUCACAUCUCACUGUCUCAUUUUUGCGCUUUAAAAAUCAAAGUUUUCUCGGGCACAAACAUGUUUUUGUUGCUAAGGUCAGUUCUUCUUGUUAACGUGUUCUAUGCUCAGUGGGAAAUUGUGAAUUCAAUGCAGAGUCAGUUGUGCGUGCCCGUCAGACUGGAUCAUGUCAAGAACAAUUUAGUCAGUGCUGAAGACAACACAGUUGUGUUUAAAAUAAGCGCAUUUGAACAAGAUUUUGUACUCGAAUUACAGUCGGACACCAGCUUCAUUGCUCCAGCUUUCUCGACGCACAGCGACGCAACUGCUCAAAAUUCCGCGCACACCGAAGAUCUGAGCCGGUGUUUUUAUGCCGGUGAGGUGAAUUCUGAUCCCUAUUCCUAUGCAGCUCUCAGCUUGUGCAAGGGACUGCAGGGCGCAUUCGGUUACGAUGGCUGGGAAUAUUUCAUCAAGCCGGCUUUAAACGACACCGCCUGGGACAGCGUGCACGCGCAUCUCAUCAGCCGCAGGUCUAACGCCAAUCUGAGUGGAAACUCCACGCCAAGAUGCGGCGUGGACAGCGGUGUGACCCCAGCCCUCGCACAGUCUUUGGCGAAGUUUAAGCACCUGAGGGAACAACACAUGAAUAAUGUCACUAUGUCAGUUCUGAAAAACCGCUCGAAGAGAUUUGUCUCCAUUCCGCGUUAUGUAGAGACAUUAGUGGUGGCCGAUGAAUCCAUGGCCAAAUUCCACGGUGACGACCUCAAGCAUUACGUGCUGACCUUAAUGUCAGUGGCAGCUAAGCUUUACAAACACCCCACCAUUCUUAACUCUAUCAACAUCGUGGUUGUCAAGUUUAUGGUGAUUAACGAGGAAGAGAAAGGACCCAAGGUUUCCGGGAACGCGGCGAUGACCCUGCGUAAUUUCUGCACCUGGCAGAAGAAGCUGAACAAAAACAGCGACAAGCAUGCGGAGUAUUGGGAUACGGCCAUCCUGUUCACAAAGCAGGACCUGUGCGGAGCCUCAACAUGUGACACACUGGGUAUGGCAGAUGUUGGCACCAUGUGUGAUCCCAAGAGAAGUUGUUCUGUGAUUGAAGAUGAUGGGUUGCCAUCUGCCUUCACUACUGCCCAUGAGCUCGGUCAUGUCUUCAAUAUGCCACAUGAUAAUGUUAAGGCAUGUGAGGAGGUGUUUGGCAAGCUGCAGGACAAUCACAUGAUGUCCCCAACUCUGAUCCGAAUCAACCGCACCAGUCCCUGGUCACCAUGCAGUGCUGCCAUUAUCACUGACUACCUGGAUAGUGGACAUGGCGACUGUCUGCUGGAUCAACCUCAGAAACCGUUAGCUCUUCCAGAUGUGCUCCCAGGUGCAUCGUAUGGUUUAGAGCGGCAGUGUGAGCUUGCCUUCGGUGCCGGCUCAAAGCCGUGCCCAUUCAUGCAGGCACCGUGUCAGCGCUUGUGGUGCACAGGGAAGACCCGUGGACAACUGGUGUGCCAAACAAGACACUUUCCAUGGGCAGACGGAACCAGCUGCGGGGACGGACAGCUCUGCAUGAGGGGCACAUGCAUGGACAAACAGGAGAUCACCAAAUCUAAGGUGGAUGGCAGAUGGGGUAAAUGGGGGCCGUUUGGUACCUGCUCCAGAACUUGUGGAGGUGGAGUGCAGCUGUCAAAGAGAGAGUGUGACAACCCUGUGCCAGUCAAUGGCGGCAAAUACUGCCAAGGAGUGAGGGUCAAAUACCGGUCCUGCAACCUCUCCCCAUGCCCAGACACAGGCAAGAGUUAUCGUGAGGAGCAGUGUGAAUCUUACAAUGGGUUUAGUCUGAACACUAACCGCCUCACCCCCUCUGUGGUGUGGGUGCCCAAAUAUUCUGGUGUUUCGGCCAAAGAUACAUGCAAGCUGAUCUGCAGGGCAAAUGGAACAGGCUACUUCCAUGUUCUUGCACCUAAGGUUGUUGAUGGUACACCAUGUUCUCCUGACUCCUCAUCAGUCUGUGUCCAAGGCAAAUGCAUCAAGGCAGGCUGUGAUGGAAAACUGGGAUCCAACAAAAAGUUUGACAAGUGUGGUGUCUGUGGAGGAGAUAAUAAGAACUGCAAGAAAGUCUCAGGCCUUUUCACCAAGCCCAUGCAUGGUUACAAUUUUGUGGUCAUGCUUCCUGUGGGAGCCUCUAACGUUGACAUCAGGCAGCGUGGCUACAAGGGCAUUGUGAGUGAUGACAACUAUCUCGCUGUCAAGAACAGCCAGGGCAAGUACCUGCUGAAUGGAAACUAUGUGGUUUCAGCCAUGGAGAAGGAUAUUCUGGUGAAAGGGAGUCUGCUCCGCUACAGUGGAACAGUUGGCUCCUCUGAAACUCUUCAGGCUGUAAAACCUCUGGGAGAAGCCCUGAUAAUUGAAGUGCUGUCUGUGGGCCAGAUGACACCUCCACGUAUCCGCUAUUCUUUCUACUUGCCACGGGAGAGCAAAGACACCAAAAUGCAAAAGAAAGAAGAAAAGGCACGUGCUGAAAACAGUGUCCUUAGGGAAGAGGGUGAAAUCAACAAAGGCGGAAAAGAGGCAGAUCUUCUUAAGGACAAAAUAUUGCCGUCGUAUGUCAAAGCUAUUCCACCAAAACCAGGAAAGUGGGUAGCGGCAGGAUGGGACGUGUGCUCGGUUACUUGCGGUAGUGGGCUACAGAGGAGAAUGGUGCAGUGUCUUGGCGGAGAUGGUGGGCCUGCAAUGGACUGUGAGCCUGCCCAAAAACCCAGUGCUAUUCAGGCAUGUGGAGACCCUUGCCCUGUGUGGGAGGUAGGUGACUGGUCCCCCUGCUCCAAGACCUGUGGGAAGGGCUUCAAACGACGCCUAAUUCGCUGCGUUACAAAUGUGGGAAAGUUGCUUCCCAGGGAAAAGUGUGCAGACAAAAAGAAGCCACAGGAGCUGGACUUCUGUUCGUUAGCCCCUUGUAAAUAAUCCAUUCCUCCCUUUAUUAUUUCUCUACAUGGACCUUCUAUUUUGUCAAAUUGCAUAUUCAACAAAGAAAAGAACAAAGAAAAAAAAGACUAUAUGUUCUGGUUCAAAGUUUAUAUUUUGUCAUCUGCCUGACAAUGGGGAAAAAAUGAACAGCUGUGGAAAAAUGACUGAUUAAAGACAGACAACUGAGGUUGUGAGAUAAACAGGCUUGAACACAAAUGCAAACAGAACUUCUACCUCUAAUUCUAACCAAAUUAUAUAAUCCAUCACCUGUAAAUCAUCCAGAUGAGACCAAAUUCAUAAUCAUCCCAGAUUCCAGGCUUCAAUUCGUAGGUAUUUACAUUUUUUGUAUGUUUGAAUAUAUGCGAUAAAGAUGUAUUGACAGCACCUAAAACAGAAAAACAUUUCAGUAUUUUCUGCAUUUAAAACAAAAAUCUUCUUGAAUUCUUUUUUUAUAUUAGAAAUAUAUUUGUAAUUAUAAUCGAAUCCCACCUCUACUCGAAAGCUAACCACUUCUCAUAAAUACAAAACAUAACAGGCAGAUAAAUGUAGUGAUAAUUUUACUACCAUCUUAUAGCAUUUUUGUCAUUAAUUUUACUGUAAUGGUGAAAAGCAUGACAAAUAGCAUUAAUUUAAUUGAUUAAAUGUAGUAAAAUCACUGUAUUUCAUCAGUUCAACCCAGUUAAAUUUCUGUUGCGACGCUGGGUGACCAAAAUUCAGUCAGUUCACAUCUAAUGUCAACAUUAAUUUGAAGUCUAAUAUCAACGUCAGCUAACAUUAAUAUUUUGUUGUGUAGCCAAAAUCCAACAUUAGAGUCGGCGCCAAUAGCCUUGUGGUUAGUGCGUCGAAAUAUAGCACAACUGUGCUAGUGGCGACCCGAGUUCGAAUCCCGUCUCAAGGUCCUUUGUUGAUCCUGCUCCCCUCUCUCUGCCCAGUACUUUCCUGUCAUCUCUCAAUUCAAUUCAAAUUUAUUUGUAUAGCGCUUUUCACGAUACAUAUCGUUGCAAAGCAGCUUUAGACCAAAUUGACAUUUUUACAAUAUAUGUAGUAGUAGCUUGAUGUACAUAUAGCAGAGAUGUGUGGUAAAGAUCAAUUAAUGACGUAAUCAAACAGACAAAGAACGCUAUAAAUUAGUAGCAGAAUUCGGUAGUGCUGUAUGUUUUCAGGGUUGGCAUCUCUCCACAGUCCUUUCCAUUAAAAGCACAAAAAAGCCUGCCCCCCUAAAGUUGUUUUAAGUUUAAGAGAAUAGCGGGGUUCACACCACAACUAUAACAGUAACGAUAAAGGGGAACAAUAUUUUUAUCGUAUAAAAAAUCUAUUUUUUACAGCUGAUGAACGAUAAAACACUGACAGCUAAUCAGACUUUUUUCAAAUUUAAAGGGCUUGCACAUUUGGAAUAGCAGGCGAUACUGUAGAGAAGCAAACAUACAUUGAACAGCAAACAAAGUAACAUAAAACAUAAAAUACCUCAGGAAUUCAGUGCUAGUCUUGCCUCCUUUAUAGUUGCAGUAGAAAAGAGUAUUGUUUUUAUUCCACUACAUUGACUAGUUAGAGAUCAGAUAGUUUAUGCAAGAUUCACUGUUUAGUUGCGCUCGAAAGAUGCAUGCUGAAGAUAUGUACUGGUUAAAAUCAUGCAAAUGCAACAAAAACAGACCGUUAUUGUUCACUGGUGUGAACGCAAAUAUAGUUACCUUUAUAGUUAUAGCUAUCGUUAUCGUUCUUGGUGUAAACGGGCCUUUAGUCAACGUCAAAUUGACAUCAAAUACUGACUGAACCCAAUUUUAAUUCUUAGCCAAAAUGCAACUUCUGUCCAACGCUAGGGUCCAACGUCAUCCUAACAUUUUAUUUAUGUCCGGUGCCUGCUGGGAAUAUUCUAUACACCUAAAAGGAUUUUUAAACAUUUGUACGCCUAUAAAUCAUUCAUAUGUGAAACGUUUACAUUUUGGAUGCUGUUAAUAUGUCAGUAAUGUACAUGUAUAUGCAAGCAUAUGAAAAUGUGAUUGAACCACACCAUUGCUAUCCAAGUCCAAAACAAGAGUGUAAUUAUUAAGCCUAAACUGCACCAAACUCCCCACCCCCCACCCCCCGGUAAACAUGUCUAUUUGCGUGAGAAAUUGAUGUUUGAAAUGGCCGUUAAUGAAUGUGUGCAGUGGAGGCCAAAGCAAAUACUGAUAUAGUCCAUCUGGGUUAACAGGAACAUUCCACAGGGUAUAUAAUAAACUAGCUCACAAAUGCCCUUGUACUGCAUGGAACUGGCUGCGAUCUACCAUUUGAUACCCUCUUUUCUUCAAAACUCAGAGAUGUGGAGAUAAUUAACUGGGGAAUGAUUCAUUAUUAACCAAAAAUUAAGUUCAACAUCCAAGAAUGAGACUGGAGUAUUUGUACUAGAAGUUAAAAAUUUAGUUGACUGGUUUACUGGUCUUUUUCACAUUGCUUAAUGACUCAAAGGAAACACAGACUACAUUUCUAUCAGCACAUUCUUCGAGUCAACAAACAAGGCUAAAUAUUAGCAUUUUUUCACAAAUAGACCAAGGAAGCCGGUCAUCCCAAUGCUUUACGUCAUGCAAAUAAAUGAAGUCAUCUGUGUAGUAAUGUAACUGGAAGUCUUCUAACUACUUUCCACAUGGCCUUUCGUGCAAUCCUGCGAUCCACCUUUACCGCUGCAAUGUGACUAGCAGUAACUCAGAGGGGCCAUUUUGACAAAGUACAGAUCAUGGAAAUGUUUAAGUCUACGCCGAUGUAUUAGCCCCCUAAAAUGAAAACAGCAAGGAGAAAGCCUUAUGUACACAAGGCCUGUGUUUUAUCAGUACGCGUGUGUUAGCAUGUUAGCCGUCUGUCCUUAAACUCUUUUUGCAUGUCCAUUCAUCUCCUUAAAGUCACUGUUAUUUAGCUCAGCAGACCUAAUUUUUCUUUUUUUUUUUUUUUCUGACCAGCAUAUUUCCUGCUGUCAGCCAUGUUCUGUACUGCCAAACACAUUCCCUCCUCGUCCAGCUUUUCAACCAGAACUCUUUUUUUGUUUGUUGUAAUGCUGUUUAUCUCCUCUCCUCUACCUACCACUGAGCCAGAGGUGCAGCUGCUAUAAUCAUGCCCUGUCUGGUACAGUUGCCAUUUUAACUAAGUUAUUACUAUUACGAUGAAUUUUAAGAGCUGGUGGCUGGUGGCACUAGGUUGUACAGUGUCGUGCCCUGUGCUUUAGUGGCUAGUUAUUCUUUGUACACAGUAAGUGAAAAUCCCUGUAAUACGCUAAACAUGUUACGUUCGUGAUCAAGGUUCUCCAGAGUGACCAUAUCGUCCAUCUAAAAGAUGGUUUCUGUAUUACUUAAAUGCAUAUUUUUCUUUUGCGCUUUUGUACAGCAAAAGAUUUCAAUGUCCUGCAUGGGCUUGUAUACCAUGUAUACAUCCAUCUGGCUGUGCACAAACGAGUCAUGUAAAUACCUAUUAUGUCUUGUUAUACAUAAAUAUUUUUUUUUCUUGUCAUGCUUCAAGGUAUUUAUUCCAAAUAAAACAUUUAGAAAUCA